CCCCCCCGCCUCAGCGUGGCCAGUCCCCUUCCCUCUUCAAUCGGUGCUCGAUUCUUUGCCGCCAGCGCUGAGCCAGGGAGAGAAGCAAGAUGGCGGACAAAACGCCAGGCGGGUCGCAGAAAACCAGUGCGAAGGUCAGACUGCCAGAUACGGUACAAACAACUGGAUCUGCCGAUAGUCACCCUCUUUUGGAAAACAAACUUAAAGCAUUCAGUAUUGGCAAAAUGAGUGCUGCCAAGAGGACUUUAAGUAAGAAGGAACAAGAGGAGUUAAAAAAGAAGGUAAUGGAGGAUGAGAAGGCAGCUGCAGAAAUUUAUGAAGAAUUCCUUGCUGCCUUUGAAGGAAGUGAUGGUAAUAAAGUGAAAACAUUUGUAAGAGGAGGAAUUGUUAAUGCGUCUAAAGAUGAACAUGAAACAGAUGAAAAACGAGGUAAAAUCUACAAACCUUCAGCACGAUUUGCAGAUCAAAAAAAUCAGCCAAAUCAACCAUCCUCUAAUGAGAGGCCUCCAUCCCUUCUAAUGAUAGAAACCAAAAAGCCUCCUUUGAAGAAAGGGGAGAAAGAAAAGAAAAAGAGCAAUUUAGAACUCUUCAAAGAAGAACUAAAACAAAUUCAAGAGGAGCGUGAUGAAAGGCAUAAAACAAAAGGUAGAUUAAGUCGUUUUGAGCCACCCCAGUCAGAUUCAGAUGGCCAGCGCCGUUCCAUGGAUGCUCCUUCAAGAAGAAACAGAUCUUCUGGUGUACUGGAUGAUUACGCACCAGGUUCACAUGAUGUUGGAGAUCCAAGCACAACGAAUUUGUACCUUGGAAACAUUAAUCCUCAGAUGAAUGAAGAGAUGUUAUGUCAAGAAUUUGGGCGUUUCGGACCAUUAGCUAGUGUUAAAAUUAUGUGGCCAAGAACCGAUGAGGAAAGAGCAAGAGAGAGGAACUGUGGUUUUGUUGCCUUUAUGAACAGGCGAGAUGCUGAACGAGCAUUAAAGAAUUUAAAUGGCAAGAUGAUUAUGUCCUUUGAAAUGAAGCUAGGUUGGGGCAAAGCUGUACCGAUUCCACCACACCCAAUAUACAUUCCACCUUCCAUGAUGGAACACACCCUCCCACCUCCUCCAUCAGGACUGCCUUUUAACGCUCAGCCUAGAGAGAGAUUGAAGAACCCCAAUGCUCCAAUGUUACCACCACCAAAAAACAAGGAGGAUUUUGAGAAGACUCUGUCGCAAGCCAUAGUCAAAGUGGUUAUCCCAACAGAAAGGAAUUUGCUCGCAUUGAUACAUCGAAUGAUAGAGUUUGUGGUACGUGAAGGGCCUAUGUUUGAAGCCAUGAUCAUGAACCGAGAAAUCAACAAUCCAAUGUUCAGGUUUUUGUUUGAAAACCAGACUCCAGCCCAUGUAUAUUACAGAUGGAAGCUUUAUUCAAUUUUACAGGGAGACGCUCCAACCAAGUGGAGGACAGAAGACUUUCGUAUGUUCAAAAAUGGAUCAUUUUGGAGGCCACCACCAUUAAAUCCAUAUCUGCAUGGGAUGUCAGAAGAGCAAGAAACUGAAGCAUUUGUAGAGGAACCUAACAAGAAGGGUGCACUUAAGGAGGAGCAGAGAGACAAAUUAGAGGAAAUCCUACGUGGAUUAACGCCUCGUAAGAACGAUAUUGGCGAUGCAAUGGUUUUCUGUCUUAAUAAUGCCGAAGCUGCUGAAGAAAUUGUAGACUGCGUUACAGAGUCAUUGUCCAUUCUGAAGACUCCUCUUCCUAAAAAGAUUGCAAGAUUAUAUUUGGUGUCAGAUGUGUUAUAUAACUCUUCAGCUAAAGUUGCCAAUGCUUCGUAUUAUCGAAAAUUUUUUGAAACAAAAUUAUGUCAGAUAUUUUCUGAUCUCAAUGCUACCUACCGUACAAUACAAGGCCAUUUACAGUCGGAAAAUUUCAAGCAACGGGUGAUGACAUGCUUCAGAGCAUGGGAAGACUGGGCGAUUUAUCCAGAACCCUUUUUGAUCAAACUGCAGAAUAUUUUCUUGGGGCUUGUAAAUAUUAUAGAAGAAAAAGAAAUAGAGGAAGUACCAGAUGAUCUUGAUGGAGCGCCCAUUGAGGAAGAGCUUGAUGGUGCACCACUGGAAGAUGUUGAUGGAAUUCCUAUUGAUGCUGCUCCAAUAGAUGAUCUUGAUGGAAUCCCUAUUAAAUCGCUUGAUGAUGAUCUUGACGGUAUACCUUUGGAUACUUCUGAAGAGUCUAAAAAGAAUGAGCCCAUAUUCAAAGUUGCCCCUUCAAAAUGGGAGGCAGUGGAUGAAGCAGAAUUGGAAGCUCAGGCUGUUACAACUUCUAAAUGGGAGUUGUUUGACCAGCAUGAAGAAUCAGAAGAGGAAGAAAAUCAAAAUCAGGAAGAAGAAAGUGAAGAUGAGGAGGAUACUCAGAGUUCUAAAUCAGAAGAGCAGCAUAUGUACUCCAAUCCCAUCAAAGAAGAAAUGCCUGAAUCCAAGUCAUCAAUCAAGUACUCUGAAAUGAGUGAAGAAAAGCGCGCCAAACUCAGAGAAAUUGAGCUUAAGGUGAUGAAAUUUCAAGAUGAGUUGGAGUCUGGAAAAAGACCCAAGAAACCAGGCCAGAGUUUUCAGGAACAGGUUGAACACUACAGAGACAAACUUCUUCAGAGGGAAAAAGAAAAGGAGCUGGAAAGAGAACGAGAGAGAGACAAGAAAGACAAGGAAAAAUCUGAAUCCAGAUCCAAAGACAAGAAGGAAAAAGAAGAAUGUACACCAACAAGAAAAGAGAGGAAAAGACGACACAGUACAUCUCCGAGUCCGUCUCGCAGCAGUGGCAGUAGACGAGCAAAAUCCCCGUCACCAAAAUCGGAGCGCUCAGAGCGAUCUGAAAGAUCCCACAAAGAGACCUCACGUUCAAGGUCAUCUCACAAAGAUUCUCCUAGAGAUGUCAGUAAAAAAGCCAAAAGGUCACCAUCUGGCUCAAGGACACCCAAAAGAUCAAGAAGGUCACGAUCCAGGUCCCCUAAAAAGUCAGGGAAAAAAUCCAGGUCACAGUCCCGUUCUCCACACAGAUCUCACAAGAAGUCAAAGAAAAGCAAACACUGACAAAAUGUUCAUAUUUUUUAUGAUGCUGUCACUUAUUGGAAAUGCGGUUUUGUUUUUGUGCCUGAACAGUCUGUUUAAAAAACAAAAAAAAAACAAACAAAAAAGCAUUCCUGAAUUUUUUGUGAAUGCAUGUGUAUACUCAUGAGUAACUGCAUCUGUAGACCUGUCAUUGUUUUAUAUUGUACAAAAUAUCUUCAUUGUGACUAUUUUCCCCAAAUGAAACAUUUUUGUGUUUAGAGAUUUCAUCAGAAGUGUGUGUAUCUGAUCUGCUGGCAGUAGUGAUAUUUUUGUUUUAGAAUGUUGUGACAUAGCAAAAAUAACACAAAUGUUUUCCCCUUUUUGUAGCUUUGACAAUUUGAAUUAGAUUUCAAAUAAAAUCUGAACAGAAAUUUAAAA